AUGUCGCCGCGAAACGCGGUCGCCGUCGCGCUGCUGAACGACCCGAACGAAUGCGUCGUCGUCGACCUCGACGCGCUGCCGACGGACGUCGAGGACGUCGCGAGCGUCCUCCAGGCGGAGCUCGCGCCGCUCGAGGCGUGGAUCGAGGUGACGGAGGCGUACCUCAGGCGAGGCGACGCGCGAGGGUUCGAGACGCUGAUGGAGAUGGUGUGCGCGCCGGAGAUCGAGGAGGUGUAUAGGGAACAAGCGUACGGACGCGCGGCGGUGCUGUGCCUGUACGCGUCGUAUUGGGCGAAUAGGGCGGCGCGGGAGACGGACGCGGUGAGCCGAGAGGAGGGGUUCAUCAAGGCGGGCGCGUACUUGAAUCAAGCGGCGGGAAUUCACAGGAAACCGGAACAGAUCGUGGCGAUCGGACGCGCGCACCUGGCGUUCGCGCGCGGGGCGACGGGAGAGGGCGAGAAACUCAUCGACCAGGCGCUCGGGCUCAAGGACGACGGUAGGGAUAACAUCACGCCGAUGCUGUGGAAGGCGGUUUUAUUGUAUAAGAAGGAGCGCUACCAAGACGCGUUGACGUGGUACAAACGCGCACUUCGCGCGUUUCCUUCCGCGCCCGCACCGGUGCGUUUGGGGAUCGGGGCGUGCCAAUACAAGCUGGGCGACUUCAAGACGGCGAAGCUUGCGUUUGCGCGCGUGCUCAAGUUGGAUGAGCGCAACGUCGAAGCCAUGCUCGGUUUGGCGCUGUGCGAAUUGAGCUUGCAUGACAUUCGUAGUCAGCAACACUUGGAUUCCGUAGCUGCGGCCAUGCGCCUGCUCGAGCGCGCUUUCAUGCACGACCCUCACAACCAAGCGGUGAACAACGUCAUCUCGGACAAUUUGCUCAUGGCGGAUGAUUACGAAAAAGUAGAGAAACUCACGCGACUGGCGCUUCAGAACAACGCGGAGACGCCGAGGAACCGAGCGAAGGCGGCGUUUAACCAAGCGCGCGCCUUGCACGCCCGAGGACAGGUGCCUCAAGCGCAAGCGUUGUACUUGACGGCGACGAACCUCGACGAACACUACGUGCCGCCGUACUUUGGUUUGGGUCAAAUCGCCCUUGCAAAGGGUGAUGUGAAGUUAGCGUGGAACUACAUGGAUAAAGCACACGGGGAAUUCGGAGAGUCCAUGACCGUGACUAGAAUGUUUGCCCAUUUAUGCGCGUCGACUGGUAGAAGCGAGCAGGCGGCGGAGAUGUUCCGCGAAGUAGUGAAACAGGGUGGAAACGACGUCGACGCGAUGUUAGAACUCGGAGAACUCUUAGAGACUCAAGAUCCGAAGGCUGCGUUGAAGGCUUACAGUGCCGCCCUGAAAAUGCUAGCUGCCAAGGGUGAAGAAGGGCCAAUUACCGCCAUCAAGAACAACAUCGGCGUGUUGAACGUUCAGUUGGGCAAAUUCGACGAGGCGCGCGAGGCGUUCACCGAGGCGCUGCAGGCGCUCGGUGGCGAUGCCGAUCAACUCGAGGGCAAACUGAAAGGUGCUAAGGCGAAGAAGGCGUUACAGCCAGGCGUUGCGCCCAUCGCGUUCAACUUGGCUUUAUUAGAGGAACAGCAAGGAAACAACGCCGCGGCGGAGGCACGAUACGACGCCAUCCUCGCCGCGCAACCGGAUUACAUUGAUUCCAUCUUGCGUCAAGCGAAAAUUCGGGCCGAACGGGGCGAUUACGACAUGGCGCUCGAACGCACGAAUGAAGCCAUUGCGGCGAAAAGUGAUAGUGCCGAUGCCCUCGCCCUCGCUGGUUGGGUUUUGCUCAAGGCAAAGCGAUGGAGUGAGGCGGAGCAACAAUUCGCCGCGCUGCGCAACUUGCCCAAACCCGACGCCGCGGCGAAUGCGAAGGAAAAAACAUUGACGCACGACGAGUAUGCGAUGGUAAGCGCGGCGAACGCGGCGUAUUACAGCGCUAUCAAAGAGGGUGUGCUCAAGCGAAACGAUCCCAAGGUGCUCAAGCGCGAGGAGGAGCACUACGAACGGGCUUACUCGUUGUUCCAAAAGACGCUCCAGAAGAAUGGUUCCAACGUCUACGCCGCUAAUGGUCUCGGGAUUAUUCUUGCUGAGCGAGGGCGAAUCGACGAAGCCAAGACGGUGUUUCAGAUCGUGCAAGAAGGCAUGGCUGCGAAAGGCUCAAUCAACCCGGAUAUUCUCAUCAACCAAGGUCACGUGUACUUGGCCAAGGCGCAAUAUGUGCAGGCGAGCAAGCUUUACGAGCGCGCUCAAAGCCAGUUCUACUUUAACCAGAACGAAAAUGUCAUGCUUUAUCAAGCGAGGGCGCAUUAUGAGAAUGGCAACUUGGAAGAAGCGCGCAAGAUUCUUCGCAAAGCGUUGUUAAUCGCGCCCUGGAACCACAGAAUUCGAUUCAACUUGGCGUACGUCAUUCAAGAGAUGGCGCAGCGCACGUUGAACAGAACGAUGAAGAGCACGAGCUCGGACGGACGUUUGGCGCAAGUGGAAAGUGCGAUAGAAGACUUGACCACUGCGCUCAAGCUCUUCGAGCAAUUGCAAACGCUUGGGAACCAGGCGGAGUUUGGUUUCGACGCCAAACGCACGAGCGUUCACGUGUCCUUCUGCAAGCAAGCGCUCACCAAGUCCAAACCGCACUUGGAAGCGGCGCAGAAGGAAGAGGCUUCGAUCUCUGCAGCGAAAAACGCGCAACUCACCGCGCGCCGCGCGAUCGAAGAAGGCCGCGCCGCCCAAAAAGCUGCCGAAGAACUCGCCAAGGAGACGCACGCCAAGGAACUCGAAGCCAUCGCUGCGCAGUCUGAGCGUCGCUUCAAAGAAAGCCAAGCGCGAUGGAUGUCAGAACAAGCUGUCGAGCGACCGACGAAGAAAGGUGCCAAGGGUCUCGGUGCGGCUCCUGUCGGUGAGGCCACGAGCGAUCUUUCCGAAGACGAUGACGAGCCCGCACCCGAGACGCGCGCGCCGCCCACUGCCGAGGAACUCGCGCGUCAGAAAGAAGCCCUCGCGGCGGCCGGUUUAGCCGACAGCGACGACGAAGACGAAGACGAAGACGAAGACGCGCAACCGAGCGCCGACGUCGAAGCACCGGCAGAAAAGAAGCGUUCCGCUGACGAAACUGACGAAGCCCAAGCUGAAGCCGCCGCUCCCAAGCGUCGCCGACGCGCCGUCGUCGACGACGACGACGACGAGUGA